AUGGAGGGUGGACUGGAUGAUCAUUGCUUCAUGGAUAAGACAAGGGAGUCUCAGGUGUCUGUUAUAAGAAUGCCUUAUACUGAUGCCAAAGGACCAUGUAUUGCACGUGCUCUCUGUCAGACACUGUGGCAACAAGAGCGUUACUACCUCCAGAUAGACAGUCACAUGCGAUUCAUUCGUCAUUGGGAUACAAUAUUGAUCGAUAUGUUGGCAAGAUGUCCGUCGCCCAAAGCAGUGCUCACGGGCUAUCCCAUGGGCUACACGCUGCCCAACAACAUCCCGCCCUACACUUAUCCCACGCUGCUGGUGGCCAACAACUUUGGUGCCGACAACAUGUUGAGAUUGGGUGCCAAGUUGGCUAACAAGCCCAAGUUGAGUGAGCCCGUGCCAUCACUAUUCUGGAUCGCUGGAUUCAGCUUCUCACUCGCCACCAUGAUCCAGGAGGUGCCCUACGAUCCACAUUUGGAACAUCUAUUCUUUGGCGAGGAGAUGCUUAUGUCUACGCGACUAUGGACAUCUGGCUACGACCUCUAUUGUCCGACACAUGCAAUCAUAUUCCAUCUGUGGAAGCGAGACCAUCGUCCCACAUUCAGAGAGGUUGGCAGCACCGAACUGGCGAUUAAACAGAAACAACAAUCAAUCAAAAGGCUCAAAGUCAUUUUGAGAAUGGUAGACAACAAUGAUGGUGAUCUCGAGUUGGCCAUCGAGGACAAAUAUAACAUUGGACAACAAAGGACAUUGGAGCAGUAUCAAGAGUAUUGUGGAGUGGACUUUAGACAACAGACCAUCACAGAGCGAGCCAAGCGAGGUGGUUACGAUGAGGCACUAUUCCUCAAUCCAAUAAUGGAGUUGGCAAUCAAGUCCCAGCAAGGUCUAUCAGUCUGA